CCUUUCACCUCACAAAACCAGCUCUCCCAGGGUUUUGCAAAAAAGGGCCGCCUUUCACCCCCCACACAUCACAGCGGCUGCUCUCGUCAUCACCUUAACACACACACACACACACAUUCUCUUGUUUAACUCCUGACUUACACACAUCAUCUCAUCUUUAAACUGUAUCAAUCUAUCCACAAUAUCUAUAUCUAUAUAACUUUCAUUUAUUUUUAUUUUUUUUAACAUUGUACAAAACAUAAUAUUAUAGAAUAGAAUGGCAACUUUUGUUCAACCUACAAAUUCACCGGCGGCGGCGGCGGAAAGUAAGAAGCCGGAAAAAGUAGAUUACUUGGAUUUACCUUGUCCUAUUCCUUAUGAAGAAAUUCACCGUGAAGCCAUGAUGUCCUUAAAGCCUGAACAUUUUGAGGGCAUGCGUUUUGAUUUUACCAAGGUGCUCAAUCAAAGGUUCUCCCUAAGUCACAGUAUUGCUAUGGGACCUAUGGAAGUUCCCUCUCAAUCUGCUGAAACAUUUAAAAUACCUACUGCAAACUAUGAGUUUGGCGCUAACUUUAUUGACCCAAAGUUGAUGCUUUUUGGAAGAAUCUUGACCGAUGGGCGGCUAAGUGCUCGAGUCAAAUGUGACUUGUCUGAGAAUCUUACUAUGAAAGCUAAUGCUCAGCUUACAAAUGAGCCUCACAUGUCACAUGGAAUGUUCAACUUCGAUUAUAAGGGUACUGAUUACAGGGGUCAAAUGCAAUUAGGAAAUGGUGGGUUGGUCGGAGCUAGUUAUAUUCAGAGUGUGACUCCUCACCUAUCACUAGGCGGGGAAGUAUUCUGGGCUGGUCAACAUAGGAAAUCGGGUCUUGGCUACGCUGCACGAUACAGCACAGAUAAAAUGGUUACCUCGGGACAAAUCGCUAGUACUGGAAUGGUGGCUCUUAGCUAUGUUCAGAAAGUGUCUGAAAAGGUUUCCCUUGCGACAGAUUUGAUGUACAAUUACAUGUCAAGAGAUGUUACUGCUAGUUGUGGCUAUGAUUAUGUACUUCGUCAGUGUCGUCUUAGAGGGAAGAUCGACUCAAAUGGCUGUGCGUCUGCUUUUCUUGAAGAAAGGUUGAAUAUGGGUCUAAAUUUCUUAGUGUCAGCCGAGAUAGACCACCGAAAGAAAGACUACAAGUUUGGAUUUGGGUUGACAGUUGGAGAAUAGAUCAAAACAUGAUCCAAUGUGCGAAAUCUAGGAUUUAAUUAUUUUUGAGUGACACAGUUGGUCAUACCAGGUAUGAUUUUUUUAUGAUGAUGGACAAAGAUGAAAGAGUCAGUUUUGUACUUGUUUUUGAGCAACAUUAUUUGUGAUGGCAAUUCCAGCUGCAUAGACGGUUUAGAUUAUAAUGCAUAGUUGUCAAAUUUGCAGCUUGGACAUGUAACUCACUCGGGUCUUAUGUUAAGCUGUAGAAUAUGCAUAAGAUAAUGCAAAUUGACAAACAUUCUUUUGGCA